CUCUGAUUAUAGCAUGUGACUGGACUAAAUUUGCGGUCUUGUACACUUUCCCUUUGCGCAUAAAAAAAUUGGAAACCUGAGGUUUUCAGUCUCAACUAAUAAUACCAGCAGCAAGCAGCAAGCAUGGCGCUUAAGAUUCACUGGAAAGCUCCUCUCCAAACGAAAGGAUUCUUCAAGAUCGUUGAAUUUGUAGUGGCCAUUUUGUGCCUCUCUUUGGUUGCCAGCUACCAUUUUUCUGGCACCUUUGUUUGUCCCGGUAUUGCCACCGACACUCAAAACCAUACGCUGACUGUCGAAACAUCUUAUCCACUGUACAGUUGGACCCUCCGAAAUGUCACCCUGAUCAACUUCGUCGACCCUGCCCCAAUCACCAUCAUUAAUAAUACGAAUGGUAAUUUCGCGAACACGCUUCUCGGGCAGGGUGCUCAGUUGUAUGUCACAUGGAGUGUGGCUACCCUCAUGUACUGCAUAGCAGCCAUCUUCGUGUAUAUGGUGGUGACCGCCAAUGAAGAAUUAGAGAAGGUCAUGGACUUGCUUGUGUAUGCGGAUGUUAUUUUCCAUGUUGUGUGGGUCUUCUUCUGGUUUAUAGCGUCGGUGGAUUGGGCCGUGCAGUACAACAUGUUGUCUGAGGCCACUCACGAUGUUCUCACUGCGAACUGCCCUGGCAGAAUCUCCCCCGCUCCCUCCUACUCCUCCACUGCUCAGGCUGGCAUCGCAGUGGUGUUUGGUUUUCUCUCUCUGUUUCUGUGGGCUGUGAACAUCUUCUGGGUGUUUAUCGACACUCCCUGGUACAUUCAAAGGAAGGGCAACAGUGGAUCCUAUGAAGCAACACCUUAAAAACUUUUAGCUUUAUAACAGAUUUAUACUAUAAUAUUACUUACUAUACUGUAGGUACGAGUGUAUUGUGUUAACCUUUCUCUGAUUGUCUGAUUGUGUGAUAUCUUAUGCUAAUUAAUUGUAUUUUGUUUCUAGAUCCAAUAUUUCUGUUCUGUAACUCUAAAAAAAGAAUGGUGAAACAAAAA